CGUUCGAGUAGAAAGCGGUGGCUGCUGCCAGCUGCGAUCUGUAUUCGGUACCGCUAACGAGAGGGGUAAGAACUGGCUGGACACAGUGGGACACAUCACUCAGCAGUGAUGGUGAUGAUGUACGUUCAGAGAUUUGGGGGCACAAAUGUUUACAGUAAAAGGACAAGUCCUACAGGCGAUGAAGGGGAUAGUGUAGUCCAGUUGAUGAAGAAACUCCUUCACCAUAGCUUCGCAGGCGAAGCGGUAACAAGUUCAAAAAAGAUAAAACAUGAUGAAAUCCCUUUUGAGAGACAUUAUAACACAGAUGACGAAAGCCUUAUUCCUGGAUCAGAUGCCUAUUUCUUGAAUCAAUCUGGCAAUGACUUUAUUUUUCUGGAGGAAUUCUUAGAAGAAAGGACAUGCCAUUAUCUUGCUAAACAGAUAGAGCACUGCUUGUCUACUUCAAAGAAAUCUCAGCUUCACUGCCAAGAGCUCUUGAUCCCCCAGUACAUGAGUAGGAGAAUAGCCCGAGAUGUACUUCGAAUGGCUGCCAAUGAGCCCUGUGGACUGCGUGGUGCAGUGAUCUAUGUCAAUCUGGAGCAUGAGAACACAAGUAAGAAGCUGGGCAAAAUUGUGUAUGACAGCAGUGUCAUUCCUACCUUCGAACUGACUCUAGUUUUUAAACAAGAUAACAACAGCUGGCCGAGUCUGAGUGAUUUCUUUGCUAUAGGGGCCUGUUUCACGCAUGCGUCAAGAAGGGUGCUGAAACUUAGUCCAGGCUUCAGAUUAGUCAAAAGAAAAUUAUAUUCUUCUGUGGGACUAAUUGUUGAAGAAUGUUGAUUUUUGAAUGCCAAACUUGCUUUUUAAGGGCAAUUUUUCUGCUAUUUUCUGACUAGUGAUCUAUUAAGACUUAAUAGGUGCUACUAAGCCAGCAAUGGAAGUAUUUCUCUAAAUACAACUUUGUUAAUAACUUGAACUUCACUAAUUAUUUUGGAUUCAGAAUAUUGUGUGUGUGUAUAUAUAAGGCCUACUUUAGCAUCCAAUACGUUAAGUCGGUAGUGCAGUAGGCAAAGGGUACACAAUGGACACUUUCUCACAGUUUUCCCAUUGUCCUUUUUUUAUUUUACUGGUACCACUGUUAGAAGUAGACAUUUUGAUUAUGGAUGAGGACAAUUAAAAGCAAGUGGUGAUGGUACAGUGAGGAAAGUGCAUAGGGGGUGGUGGUCUGAGGGAAAGGAAAUGAAGGCAUGAAAUGCGUAUGUGUAAAUUUUUCAGAAGAAGGUGAAGAUAGUAACAAAUUUAGGCAUCAGAUACUCUACGUUUAACAUGUUUAGCUGCAAGUGGUACUAGAUUAAAACUGAGUUUAAAAGUUGAUAUUUUUUACUGAUGUUCAGUAUUGUUAAAUGUUUGCAUAUUUUGCACUGUGUUGCACUGAUCAGUUGAACCAUUUUAUAUUUGUAUGGGCAUGCUGGACUUGCUCUAACAUAGUAUCUUGCAUUUAUAUGGACAGUGCAAGCUUCCUGUAGUGGAUGCAGAACAGUCAAUUGCUACCUUCAUCUACUGCAGUGCUAUGAUGUCGGUUUUUGUUGAAGUGUUAGAGAUCACCAGUGUUGCAAAUAAACAUUUUUGUAAAAUAAA